CAUGUGCCCUCCACAGUAAGGCAGGACCACCCACCGCUCUUUGGGCUCUUUCCAAGAUUGGUUCCUGCCUUCUCUCUCCUGCUUGUCUUUCCAAAUUCCCUUUUCUGCUCUUCUGGGCAUGGCAGGUUCAGUUGUCCCAUUCUCUCCCCAGGUCCCAUCCAGGUACCGCCCUUGAGGCUACUUGGGUCUUCCAGGUGUCUGCAGGACCAAACUCAGACCAGAAUUGCCUCUGCAUGCCCGCUGCCACUGCCUUCUCCCUACCGCCUCUGUGCGCGUUCUGCAGAAGGAAUCUAACUUUCGUGCUGACCUGGGGCUCAGGGUUUGAAUGAUUGCUGCCUCACCCCUGGAGUCCGCUCCUGGAAAUCCUCAGUUCUUGCGCACAGAGGGCCUUUCUAGGGUGGGCUCUUAUGGAGUAGUUUCAUUCCAGUGUCUGCAGCUCUGGAGAAAGAUGCAAGGGUCACCUGCGAUUCUUCGAGAAGGGGGCUGCAAGCCAAGCGGAUCUUCACUGAUGCCUUCAGUGCCCCCAUUCUAGAUCCCACAGCUGCAAUGAAGAUCAAGGAUCCCAUGCGCCACAGCUAAGUCCUAGCACAGCCAAAUGAAUAAAUAUUAAAAGUUUAAAAAAACCAGAAGAAAAAUUCUCUUGUCUCUGGGAUUGGGUAACUGAAAUAACUAAACUAUAAACUGCCUUUGAAUUCAUGACAAUCUUUCCAUGGCCAAAUGUGAUUCAUCUUUCUAAGUCAAAUUAAAUUUAUAGUAAGUGACAUUUACGAUAGCUGACAGAUGUUAUAGCUUUUACUGACCUUUGGUUAAUUUUGGUUAUCCCCUGUAAAAACUGCCUCUAACUUAGCAUUUGAUCAUGAAGAACAUUUAUAUGUGAACAGUUCAUAGAUAGACACAAUCAUUAUAAAGGCCCUAAAGAAUAUCUGAAUAGGGCCCUUUCUAAACGGUGAUUAUUGAAAUGGGGUCCAAGGACCAUGUGAUCAGAAUCAUAUGGUUCACUUGUUAAAGUACACAUUCUUUGGCCCCAUCCUGUACUCACUUAACUGCAUUUCCUGGUGAGGGACUCUGGAAUCUGUGCUUUUGAUCUGCUCCUGGAGUGAUUCUGGUCUCCUUAAGGCUGAGAACUGCUUGUGGGAUUAGUGAUGACUAGAGAAGUCACGAGGAAGGGAACUCUGAUGGUUUGUGGUGACAUGAUGGCACACCACAUCGAAGCAUCUGUUGUUGGCAUUGCCACUUGGAGGUUCUGGGGUCCAAAUUCCAAUUAGAUCUUGGCAGAGAGUCCUUUGUGUUGAGGCACCAGAGGAAAAGGACCAGGCUGACAUGGAAGUGUGGACCAGGCCAGUUUCUGGGAGCUACAAGCUGUGGCUUAAGUGUAGGCAUGGAGGGGACCCAUAGGGUAGUUAGUGGGCAGCCCUUGACCUCGGCCUGAUGUGUAUGUACUGGGUCAGGAGGAGCGAGCUAGUGUACUGAAGACCUAAUCUUCGGCAUACCUGGCAGUCUUCAGUAUUGUCAUAUGUCACUGAGAAACAAGGCUGGCAGAGUAGGUAGGUGCUGAGACCAGGAAGGCACACUUCAUGUCAAGCCCUGAGGUUCUGGAUCUGUUCUAAAGGGAAUGUGGGGACAUCCCUGGUGGUCGGAUGCCUAAGACUCCAUGCUCUCAAUACAGGAGGCUUGAAUUGGAACCCUGGUCAGUGAACUAGAUCCCACAUGUCUCAGCUAAGAGUUCACAUGCCAUGGCGAAUAUCAAAGAUCCCUUGUGCUGCAACUAUGACCCAGCACAGUGAAGUAAAUAAAUACUUUUUUUAAAGGGCAUAGGGUCCAAUGGAAGGACCUGAGUGCAUUGAAGAAUGUAUUGCUAUUUCUGUUUGCAUACAGUGUGAUAAGGGGAUUUCUACCCGUGCUCCCUAAAUGAUUCUGUCCCCAAACUCUGCAUACAAAAUUUCAAUUUCUUCGUCAUCAAAAUAGCCUCGAACCCUGAGGUCAAAGGGAGUCUGUGGAACAGGUUCUGAUGUCAGACAGACCUGGGUUUGUAUCUGGGCCCCAUUGCUUAUUAGCUGUGUGGGCUAAUUAACUUUGGGCAAGUUGCUUUACGUCUCUGAAUCUCAGGUUCUCCAGGUCUCAGGCUUGGGAAGGAAGCAGCCAUGAAGCUCUCUACCUAGCCCCCACUUUCCCCCGGAUCCCACACAGGGGAUGGUAUCCCUAAGUGCCAUUUGUCUUUGCUUUGCAGGCAUCAUCCUUGAAUCUCCUGAAAUCUCCUGUCCACCAUGAACACCUCUCACUUCUUGGCCUUGCUGUUCCUAGGAUCCCCACAGGGUCAAAACAGGAGCAAGUCAGCUUCACUGCACACUCCAUACAACUUCUCUGACCACUGCCAGGAUUCCGUAGACCCCAUGGUCUUCAUCGUCACCUCCUACAGCAUCGAGACCGUUGUGGGGGUCCUGGGCAACCUCUGCCUGGUAUGUGUGACUAUUAGGCAGAAGGAGAGGGCCAAUGUGACCAACCUGCUCAUUGCCAACCUGGCCUUCUCCGACUUCCUCAUGUGCCUCAUCUGCCAGCCACUCACGGCUAUCUACACCAUCAUGGACUACUGGGUCUUUGGCGAGGUCCUUUGCAAGAUAUCCACCUUUAUACAGUGUAUGUCAGUGACAGUCUCCAUCCUCUCCCUUGUUCUUGUGGCUCUGGAGAGGCAUCAGCUCAUCAUCAAUCCAACAGGCUGGAAACCCAGUGUCACCCAGGCCUACCUGGGGAUUGUGGUCAUCUGGCUCAUUGCUUGCUUCCUCUCCCUGCCAUUCCUGGCCAACAGCAUCCUAGAGAAUGUCUUUCAUAAGAACCACUCCAAGGCUGUGGAGUUUCUGGCAGAUAAAGUGGUCUGUACUGAGUCUUGGCCGCUGGACCAUCACCGCAUCAUCUACACCACCUUCCUACUGCUCUUCCAGUAUUGCAUUCCACUGGCCUUCAUCCUGGUCUGCUAUGUCCGCAUCUACCAGCGCCUGAGGAAUCAGGGGCGGGUAUUCCGCAAGGGCACCUGUAGCUCGCGGGCUUGGCGGGUGCAGCGGAUCAACGGGACCCUUGUGGUGAUGGUGGUUGCCUUUGCUGCGCUUUGGCUGCCCCUGCAUGUGUUCAAUAGCCUGGAGGACUGGUACCAGGAGGCCAUCCCCAUUUGUCACGGCAACCUCAUCUUUUUGGUGUGCCACCUGCUUGCCAUGGCCUCCACCUGUGUCAACCCUUUCAUCUAUGGCUUUCUCAACACCAACUUCAAGAAGGAGAUCAAGGCCCUGGUGCUGACUUGCCAGCAGAGUGUCCCUGUGGAAGAGUCGGAGCAUCUGCCUCUAUCCACAGUGCACACGGAAGUCUCCAAAGGGUCUCUGAGGCUCAGUGGCAGGUCCAAGCCAAUCUAGCCAGGUCUAGGGCUUCUUCUUGCUAUGUUCAUUGCCAGGCUCUUUCACCUAGCUGAGUGGGCACAUUUCACCCUGGGGGUGGCCUUCUGUCAUUACUGGCUUUGUGGGGCCUAGAUAGGGCAGCAAGGGCCUGUUUCUGUAUCCAGUUGCCUUGUGAAGCCUGGUGUUCAGAUGUAUCCAGUUGCCUUGUGAAGCCUGGCAUUCAUAUGGUUCAGCUAUUGUUCCUGGAAGAAUUCUGAGUCUGGAUUCUACAGGUCACGUACAGUGUGUGUCUUGCAGCCUGAGCAGAUGCCAGAGCUGGAGAUGGUCUGAUUAUUGCACGCAGAGUUCAUCCUGGUAACUCAGCAACGUGUGCCCCGCCCGGAAACCCAGGGGUUUUAUCUCCACCGGUGAGACUGUGAAGACGCAAGUGCGAAGCAUGUGGAGUCUGAGUUCUGGACCUUGGUCAACCCUAACAUUUUGGGGAGACAAUGUUUGUGGAUGGGCUUUGUACACAGUAAAGAGUUCUAUGGUAGCGACAGUGGGAUUACUCUGUAUCAUUAGCACGUCCAGCUGCAGAGAAGGGACCCUGGCAGCCUGCACACACUCUUUUGCAGUAGGCAGAUUUGCCCUGAGCAGCAGGAAUUCCGGGGUUCACAUCUUUCUCCAUCGUUUUUCUCUUUCUUUGCAUCUGCCACCUUGAAUGAAAGCGCUGAGCCCGAACAACUGGGCUGCCAGGGAAGGAACAUGUCUUUCUAUCAGAACUCUGGAAAGGAUCUGCUCGUUCGUUUGUUUUUUAAGGUUCUGCACUGCGUUGGCUAUUCCACAUGUCAUGUAGUUCUCCGACCAGGGAUUGAACGCAGGCCCGCUGCACUGAAAGUGCCGAAUCUUAACCACUGAAUCACCAGGGAGGUUCUCUGGGGAGGACUCUGAUAGCUCAGUCCUUAACCAAUGACUGUGACCAAGUAGCUGGAAUACUUUCUGUACCCAGGCCUGUGUCUCUUGACCACUGCUAGAUCAGAAUGGUGGGGUCAACCCUAUUAGAAUCACACGGAUAAGCAGGAUUAUUGUAUCAGGGGAUAGAGGUAGUCCCCCAAAGCAGAAGUAGUUUUGAAGAGGAGAGAAUGAAUUGGAAAGAUUUUUGGGUGUCAGAUAAGAUGACUUGGAUGUGGAAGAGGGAAAGAAGAGUCCCAGGUUCCAGACUUGGGAAAGUGGAUAUAUGUCUGGUCCAUUUAGUGUGAUGGAGAGGGGUUUUGGUUUUUUGGUUUAUCUGUGUGCAUUGUGUGUUUGAGGCCGUCUUGGAUGUGCAGAUGGACAGUCAGAUGCUUGAGUCUGGAGCCCUAGAGAGAGCUUUGGCCAAGGCCUGACCAAGUCAUGCUGAGGGGUGGGGCUGAGAUGUGACUAGAUGGGAUGUGGGCUGAUCUGGAGCUGGAUGUGGGCCAAAGGAAUUCCAGGUUCCCAGAGCUGAAUCUGGCGAUGGGACAGUGAGGUCAGCAAACAAGGUGGGGUCCUGGGAUACGGGGUGGGGUGGUGCUCAGCAGGAGGCUCUGCUGGACAGGGCGGAGAUGCUAUUUUCCCAGAGAUGAUACCAGGUAAGU